GAUGUCAGCCCGCUCAUGCGUUCUCUUCCUCACAGGGCCCCACACAUCUCAGGAGUUCAUCUCCCAGGUGCUGUCUCAAUUUGACGCUAACUUGAGUGGGGAUAUCCCUUGUUGCAUCAUCACAAGUUCAGGAGAAGCACCUCUCUGGUGCGGUACUGAGUCUCCCGGACCAGCUAACUCUCAGGAAACCACGUGGAGUACCUCUCUAGCUGGACUCAAGUUUGAUGAGGAGAAACUUAGGGCUGGGUCCCUUGAUAACGUUGGGAUAACACUUCAUAACUUGCUGGACGAGAUUCCUAAAUAUAACGUUAUACAUGCAGUGUGGAUCACAGAACAGAUCCCUACAGCGGGGGCAUCACUAAUCCUUGCCAGUGGUCUAAUGAGAUUCAUUAAAUGUCAUCAUGGUUACCUGUCCAUAGUGUCCCAGUCUAGGGACACUAACCACAGUCCUUGGGUUAAAGCAAUGAAGGCUGCUGUUCUCCUGAAGAGCGAUGUUCACAACUUGGCUAAGAUCAUCAGCAAGUGUUGUUGGGUUACUGACAUCAACUUCAGAGGAACGGGGCAAAGUGGUGUGGACAUGACACUAACGGGAAUUGUUGUGAUGGGAAAACACACGGACUUUGUAACGAACGGGAAUCUUACACUCCUUUCUGUUAUACAGAUUGUAAAUUCGGUUCCACUGUACAUCCUAAAAGAGUGUGUUGACGUUACUACGGUUGCCAUGGAUACCGCUCGGAGAUUGGCUACACUCACAACCAGAGGAAUUUUAUGCAAAGUUACUUACCAGAGAGAACAAGGUAUUAAGUUGAAGUCUGAGUGGAUACGAGCAGUGCAAACUCGCAGUAUUGGUAACUCCGCUAACACCACGCAGGGACCUUACGUCCUCUUGUGGAGAGGAAAACUUUACACUUUCAGAGACGUGCUGCAACCACCUAGCACCCAAAAAGGAGGAGUAUUUAUAAACCAGAACCCACGUGUAGACUGGAGUCACGAGCAGAAGCUACUGGAGUUCUUCGAGAGGGCGGCCGUUGAGAGCACUAAGACUGAUAAAAGUUUUCCAGUCAGGAUACCUUCUCCUAGAAACACACCAGCUGCCGCCUCAGUUCCUUCUCCUAUGGAUUUCCUGAGUAACUACGAUCCCAGCUCGUUCAAGAGUGAUACCCAGGAUAGUUCAGGAGAAGAGUUCCACGAACAAAGAACUGCUUCGCUUCCCUUUAGAGAUGUAGUGAACUUACAGACUCACGGUAUAAACUAUUUUAAUUGUCACGACGACUCAGACGAGCGGAUACAGGAAUUACAGAGAAAAUUCGUCCAUCGAGAAACAUACUGCAGCCUCUCACCCUACAACACCGAAGAGAAACGAGAAUAUAAAUCAGCAACCAGUAAAUCAAAUAAAGACUCCAGAUUUUACCGCACAAGCUCCAACAACUCUGAAAAGUCAGUGAGCGGUAAAGGAAAGUGUAAAGCUUCCACCCUCGAUCGUAGUAAAAGCUUAUCUCACUUACCUUCGUGUAGUUCUAGCGUUGAAAUUGAGCCCAGGCACGCCAAAUCGUCUGAAAACAUUGCUCAGUUUCCGAUUGUUUCUGUAAGUCGGAACACUAAAUCUACAGAAGUGUUACCACCAAGUUCGUCUGAAGUUAAGCCAGAAUCCUCGGGUGUCAGUUCUAAUUCAGAAACUUGUGGGACGUUAAAACCCUCUAGAUCGCAGAAAAACAAGACUCUGUUGAAAUCCGUGAUAGCGGAAUGUUUAGCAAGCGAAGGGAUCACCCCUGAUCAUCCGAGGUUCAAGUCGUUAAGCUCCAAACUGUACGAUAUCGGCAAACUUAUGUUGAAAGAUUCUACUUCAGGAAGCGAAGGGAUUAAGGACACUAUGUUGGCUAUCAUCAAACCACAAGCAAACCUCAUCGUUCAACUGGAAAAACAUAAAGGGAAAUGAAAUAAAGGGAAAUUAAACUUAACCAAAGUGGUGUGUUUCAGUAAAUGUCCAUAUUUUGUAUUUGAAUGUAAUUCUUACAUCCGUUUUUCGUUUGCUCAAGGUUUCACGUAAAUGAUCAUGUUAAUGAUAGAUAUUGUGCUUACUAUUUUGUUGUGUGCGACGUUUCAGACGAUGUUCUCAAUCCUCUACCAUUCAUUAAUAA